AUGGGCCUUGACGGAGAAGCAGAAUUCUUGAACGUGCUUGUGCUGGCAAGCUUGUUCUACAACACUCUGAAGUCGUUCGACAACAUCCACAGCUCGCUCAACGACUUCAAGGAUGAAAAGGUUUACCUUGCCCAGCUCGGUAUCGAGCAAGCGAGACUUCUGAUUUGGGGCGAGCAGAUGGGCAUCUUCUCUUUGCCGCCAUCAUUGAUUUCCAUGGAAACCGAAGAGGGCAGACAAAACAUGACGCCUCGCGACUCCCGUCUUGACGAUGAUGAAGUCAGAGUCAACCUCGAGGGCUUGAUGAACAGCAUCAUUCACACCCUUUCCAACCCCAACGACAACGACUCUGAUCUCGACACUACUGGUCUGAGACCUCUUCCUCGUGGUGGCGCACAAGCGCUGGAGCAGCCCGCUGCCGACUUGACCCGCAUGAAGAACUUUGAGGAUUCCUACAAGCACCUUCUCGAACUGGGCUCCAACAAGGUGUCGGUCAAGAGGCCAAGCUCGGUUGCAUCGCAGCAGUGGGUCAUUCACGACACUCUGCGCUUCUCCAACUUUGUCAAGUCCACCAAGCGUCAGGUCGAUACCCUGCUGAUGGCUCUCAACAUCAACGACAAAGUCGAGGAUAUCUUGCUCGGCGACAUCCGCGAUCUCGGCAAGCACGUCAACGGCUCUCCCAACAGCAAGCCUUCGCCGCUGGCAGUCAAGGACAUGGCCAAGCUGAAGCUUCUCAUCCGAGCAUGCAAAGGUCGUUACCCGGCACUUCUGAACGAAGCUCAACAGACCUUCAACAACCUCCAGAAGGGCGUCAGUGCAGAGCACGACAUGGCCGCCAAGGUACACAAGAUCCUAGAGCCCGUCCACCCCGACUCUGCAGUCGGCAGCGCGACCAACAGUGGCGCCGCAACACCCGAGAAGAGACCUGGUUUCAUCAGAAGACUGAGCACACAAACAUGGAACAAGUUGCCAGGAAGAAAGACACCCAGCUCGAGCAGACCGGCCUCUCCUGAACGCAGAAGAUCGUUGGUUGGACGCAAGACACCGGCAGCCAGCAGACCUGCCAGCCCUAUUGGCGAGUAG